CGGUUACCUGAGGAAACGAGAGUUUGAUUCAAAGUGUAACCCCGUCUACGAUAGCAGCCAAAACCCAUCCUAAUAACAGCAGGUAGAGUAAUGCAAAUCACUUAUUUUUAUCUUUUUUGGGUGGAUCUUGGCUGCAUGAAGCAAACCAGACAUGGCAUCACCACAAACACUUCAGCCUGUCCUGAAGAUGAAGGUCGACGAGCUCUUCCUCUUUUGGUUGAGUGAGCCAAGUACUCAGGCGAUGCUAAAAGACUACCUGAACAAAAUCAAGAACGGGGAAGAAAUAGAUCUAAGCCACGCUGAUUUCAAGGGCACAAGCACAUUGGUAUUAACAGAAAACAACAACAACAUCUUUGCCUCGAAGAUUAAUGCGACAGAGAGGAUGACUGUGACCCUUGGUGCUCCGUGCAGCCCUCCUUCAGCAACCCUGCCAUCUGCGAGUGGCAGCAAUAACAGAGCGGGAGUGAAUGCGAGGACCUUGCGAUGCUCUGUCAGCACUAAGAAGCAGGCUAAGAAAGAGGAGCCCGUUACACCAUCUUUAAGUGAAAGCAUUCCAAAGUUCUACUUCCCUCAAGGACAGCCCCAGGCCAACAUCAACAUAGACAAUCUUAUUUCCAAGAUAGAAAAAAUAUUUUCUCAAUUUUCUGAUGAAAGAGUCACUAUUAAAGACAUGGGGCUAGUUGCCAAGGCUUGCGAGUGCCCACUCUAUUGGAAAGCUCCAUUGUUCCAUGCUGCUGGAGGAGACAGGAGGGGAUAUGUGUCCGUUCACAAGUUUGUGGCAAUGUGGCGAAAAGUGCUUCAGUCCUGUCAUGAUGACGCAUUCAAAUUUCUUCACCUUCUGGCCAAGCCAGGCUGCAGUUAUUUGGAACAAGAGGACUUUAUUCCAUUCCUGCAGGAUGUGGUGGAUUCACAUACAGGUCUGGCAUUUCUAAAGGAGGCUUCAGACUUUCACUCACGCUACAUUACCACUGUAGUCCAAAGGAUAUUUUAUAAUGUAAACCGCUCAUGGACUGGAAAAAUAACAUGCUCAGAACUCAGGAGAAGUAGUUUUCUACAGAAUGUGGCACUACUGGAAGAAGAGGAAGAGAUUAACCAGUUGACAGAGUUCUUCUCCUAUGAACAUUUCUAUGUCAUCUACUGUAAAUUCUGGGAGCUGGACACAGAUCACGACUUGUACAUAGACCAGAGAGACCUGAUGCUACAUAAUGAUCAAGCCGUAUCCCACCGAAUGAUUGAGAGAAUAUUCUCAGGAGCUGUAACCAGGGACAGAAAGGCUCACAAAGAGUGCAGACUGAGCUAUGCUGACUUUAUAUGGUUCCUCAUUUCUGAAGAGGACAAAAAGACUGAGACCAGCAUAGAGUACUGGUUUCGCUGUAUGGACCUGGAUGGAGAUGGAGUUCUUUCCAUGUAUGAGCUGCAGUACUUCUACCAGGAGCAGUGUCAGAAACUUGAGGCCAUGGCCAUUGAACCACUGCCUUUUGUGGACUGCCUGUGCCAAAUGUUAGAUAUGGUUAAGCCAGAAAUCCCAGGAAUGAUCACUCUCGGGGACUUGAAGAGAUGUAAACUUUCCCAUAUUUUCUUUGACACAUUCUUCAACAUUGAGAAGUACCUAGACCAUGAACAGAGGGAUCCCUUACUGGCUGCAAGGGAUGCUGAGACAAUGGGACAGGAGAUUUCUGACUGGGAGAGAUAUGCUGCAGAGGAGUAUGAUAACUUGGUAUCUGAGGAAGCUGCAAACGAGCAGCACAACGAUGGGAUCAGCACAGACUUCUAAUGGCAGGAUGAGUAGACUUGAAACAGCUAUGACAAUGUUCUAGACCCAGUUGAUCACAUAACAUGUGCUUUUGACCUGCGCAACGAGAAGAGACAUCUCUUUGAGAUCCCUAACCCUCACUGUGACCUGGACCUGGAUGAAUAUGAAUACGAGGACGAUUUCGAAUGACAGCCAACAACACAACACAAGUAAAGGCUACAAUCUGCUAGUGUGUAGAACAGGAAGUGGACCAAUCCUGCUCUCCAGUACUGAUGCCACGUAGUUCAGCUAACCAAGGCUUGAGAGUGUACAGAUACACUCCCCCAGCCGCUGGAUACCAGACUGUAAACCAGCAGUCUGGCGAGGCUCUGUUUAGCAAGACAGAUUGUGCUGGCCCAGUCUCUCUGUCAGUCUGACAUCUAUGCACAACCAGGUUUCUGAAACAAAUGUAGCUGCACUGUAGGUUUCAAACAACUACACUGGAACCAAACCGGUACACUUGAAAUAUUAAGUGUGCACUGUUUAUAAAUAUUUAAAUAUUUUUAUGCACAGAAUUGGCUUAUAAGACAUUCCAGAGAUUCACCAAAGUGAUUUCAUGGAUGGUUUAUUUCUCAUGGAGCUCUGUCGACUUGCCUUAUGUGUUUGAGGGUCACAUUAAUAUGAAAUAAUGCAGUAAUUAGACUGACAUUUUACUGUCUGUGUGAGAAGUGUUCCUAAAUUAUAAUGUAUUUGUUGUUUGCCUCAUUUGUUCUAAACCUUUAGACUUUAGUCCAGCUAAAUGUUUUCAACAAAUCAUGUUUGUAACAUUUCUAUAGAAGUGCUUCAUAACAAUGUGCUUUUAUUAUUGUAAAAAUUAACUUUUUCAUCUGUCUUAAAGAGUUCAAUAAAGUGUUAAGACAAAAGUGUUUCACACAUUCACUGCAGGAUGUUAUUGCUGUUUAAUUAAAAAUGACAUUUAAAUUUCUGCAAGUCAAAUUAAUUUGAAAUAUUUAUGGAGUAACCCGGUUUUAAUUUUACAAGUAGAAGGCAUAAACGUAUUAGCUGUGACCAACAAUAUAAU